AAGUCCCUCACAAAAAAAGAAAAACAGGAAAAAGAUUCCCCAAUUCCCCAAUCCCCCUCUUCCUCCCCCUCCCCAUCAUCCCACCUAAUCUCCACACACAACUCUCACUGGAUCCCCAAACCCAAUCCAACCCUCCUUUACCCUGUCCCCUCCCCUCCAACCAUAACCACCCACACACCUGGGAAAGCCUCACUUCCUCCCUUGCACCAUCCAAAUCAAACUAAAACCACCCACUACAACAUGCACCUAGCCAACCCCUACUGCAGCUCGCGUUCGCACCCUCGGAUUCCCAGCUACUCGGGUUUCGUAGGUGGCAGGACGGCAGGCGCAGGCGGGUGCGUGUGA